AUGCCAUGCAGCGACGACUCGCUCGACUGCGCCGCUUGCGGUUGCCAUCCGAGCGACACCGACUUGGGACUUCGCUGUGCCACCUUCAGAAUGGCAACACCCGUGGAAGAAUCCCUCGCUUGCUCCCUCCGCCUCUUAACUCCUUACAAUCACAACCUGAAGCCAUCCCGCUCGUCCGGAAUUCUGCUGCAGACCGGGAACAGCAUUGGUGCAAGUGUGGGAGCGGCGACGGAGUCGUCGAGCGAGGAGCUGAUGGCCGGGCCGCCCCCGCCGCAACAUCAGCAGCAUCAGUUCAUCGUGUCGAGGAAGCGGAUCAGGACUAAAUUCACGGCUGAUAAGCGGGAGGGGAUGCUGGCCUUCGCGGAGCAGGACGGCGCGGCGGUGGAGCAAUUCUGCUGCGAGGUUGGCGUCCGCAGGAAAGUGUUGAAGAGGAGGAGGUGGAGCAGCAGCUGCACCAUGAAAGACCGGACGAUUGAGGGAGUGUGA